AUGACAAUUAAUAAUAAUAAUAAUAAUAAUAAUAAUGAUAAUAAUAAUAAUAAUAAUAAUCAACAACAAUUAGAAGAAGAAGAUGAAUUUAAUUAUUCAGAAUUAUCAACUGAAGAAUUAAUUUCAACGGUAAAAGAUAUGAGGGAAGCCUAUUUUUAUAUAAAGGAUAAAUAUUCAAUGUCCAAAAACCACUUGGACGACAAGAGCAAGGAAAUCCAAUUCCAAAGAAAAUUGUUGACCGAAAGAGAAGACCUUUUACUACAGUUGCAAUGGGAUCCAAAUCAAGACGACACAUAUCUCUAUCAAUUGGGAGCACGUGAUCCAAAGCAAGCAAACGAGAUAAAGUUGCGAGCUCUUACCGAUCAAAUGCGUGUCAUGGAGAAGGGCAUUUUCGAUCGUGACGAUCGUAUCAAAGAAUUAGAGAGACAAGUAGAAUUGUUGACUCUUAGUCAAAUCAGUCCCAUCAACCAUCACAACAUUGUAUCAACAACUCAAAACCUCAACCCUUCCAUUCAACGUGAAGGAUCCAUACUCAACAUUCCCAUCAAACAUCAAAUUUCACAAUACCCAGCCAGUCAACUCACCCAAUCAUUUGAGGAUAUUGAAUUUAGUAAUAGUACUUUUAAUAGUGCAAACAAUUCUCCAUCAACUCCUGUUCCAAAUUUUAACAAGGGUCCAUCUCAUCUCCACAACAACCACAACAACAACAAUUCUCCAUCACAAAAAAAAGGUUUCUGGUCUCCUUCUUUUUUAACCAAUUGGUUUGCUGAUAAACAAAAUCAAAAAGAUAAUCAUCAUAAUAAUCAUAGUAAUGAUAUUCCUUUACAUGCUGUUAAAUCUGCUUAA